CCGAGCAGCGGCGCUCUUCCGCCUGACCGCUGGAGGCGCUCGAGGGCGAGAUGACGUCACACGCGAGAAACUGACCGCGCAGCGCAGAGCCAAGAUGGCGGCAGGAGACGCUUGAUAUUUGAUGAAGCUGCGAGACGUUUGUGAACCCUUUACAGCCCUCCAAUCAGCACUCACUGUCCUCAACAAAAGAGUGAAAAAUGGAGGGUGAGGUGAGUCUGGUCGCCGGCCGCAGUCAGAGAGAAAAGAGAAGAUCCUACAAAGAUCUGCUGAGAGAAGAAGAGAUCAUCGACGCAGAGGUGCGCAAGACCUCCAAGAAAUGGCUCAAGGACACUGAUGCCUUUUACUCCGGCGGCGAGCUUCAGAAGAAGAAGCACUAUGAGGAUCAUUUCUACAGAGAUCAUCACAGCAGCUCCGGAUCUCAUCAGAAGAAGAAGCAGCGCUCGCUCCUGACGCUCCCGGACCCGGCGGCCUCGUCUCAGAUGGCUGUGACAGCGAUGGGGCUCCUGCAGGCCAUCACCUCUCCCACCGCUGAGACGCCGCCUCCCUCGCAGGAGCGCAGGACGAACUCCUCCUCCUCUUCCUCCUGCAGGAGGCGGCCGCAGGUGGUGCGCGAGGGGCUGCCGGUGGUGGGCGAGGAGGUGGAGCUGGAAGGUCAUUACAGCGGAUGCCAUGAUGUGGCCGACAGCAGCGGCUCGUCCUCCGGCGACGACAGUGAAUGUGAGAAACUCACGGUCCACGGGUCCUCGUCUCACAGCAGCAGCAGGAGGAAGAAGAAGAGCAAGAAGAGCAAGAAAAAGAAGGAGCGCGACCGCUCGCGAGAGAAGAAACACAGCAGUAAAGCAGCCAAGAGAACGCCGGCAGCCAACGGCAGCACAGAAUGGAGCGCUUGCACUACAGUUCAUCACAGCCGCGAGGAGAAGAGGAGGAAGAGAGAGGGAGGAGGCAAACGCAAGAGCAAAGACAAGAAGAAGAAGGUCUUGACGGCGUAUCAGAUCUUUUAUAAGGAGUACAGAAGCAGCAUUCUGGAGGAAGAGCCGGGCCUCGAUUUUGGGGAUUUGAGCAAAAGACUGGCUGAUGCAUGGAAGCAGCUGCCCGAGGGAGACAAAGAGGUGUGGCGAGAGAGAUCCGAGUACCUGCAGCGGAAGCAGAUGAAGUCUGAGAGCGGCAAACACGUGAAGCACGUCAAACAGCAGCACGCGUCCCGAGCGCUCAAGAACGGCAGCAGGGUCAAAGGGCAUCACUCAGGCGCAGCCGUGGCUCCUGCAGGAGGCGCUGUUGUGCUGAAGAGGCAGGAAGCAGCAGUGGCUCCAGCCCAGAAUGGAUCAGCGCCGCGACCAGCAAACACAGCUGCGUUCUCCCCGCUCAGAGACCCAGACGUGGAUCCCAUCGACGCAGCCGCACACCUGCAGCUGCUGGGAGAGUCUCUGAGUCUGAUCGGACGCAGACUGCAGGAGACCGAGGGGAUGGUGACGGUCUCCGGCUCUCUCUCGGUUCUGCUGGACUCAGUGUUGUGUGCUCUGGGUCCGCUGGCCUGUCUCACCUCUCAGGUCCCAGAACUCAACGGCUGUCCACAUCAUGUGCUGUCAAACACUCUGGACAACAUCGCCUACGUGAUGCCGGGUCUGUGAAGGCCUCCUGAUGCUGCUCCCGAGGCGGAUCAAACAUCCACUAAACACUUCACGACUCGCUCAGUUUUGCACUGGAUCAACUCUCAGACACUUCAACUUUUAACCUGCUUCUUAAACCUGCGCUCCAUUUCUAUCUGAUCUAAUGUUGAUUUUGUAUUUCUGUUGUUUUUCUCUCAAUAAAAUCCAUUUUAGUAUGUUCUUUUAA